AUGUAUUUUGCUACUGUUCAUGGGGCUGCGGAAGACCCAUUCUUCCGCCUUCCCAAUCUCCGCACGAGCCACCCCCUCACUGCAAGGCUCUCCGCGGACGCAAUCCAUUCUUUUCGCGACUCUAAUCCCUUCGAGCCCCCCGCUCUCAAAUAUCCAUCUAUCCACGCCAGGAUUAUGGGAAAACGCAAGAAGUCAAGCCGCACGCCCCAAGGGCCCCGAAAGCGGGAACCCCUUGCAACCACAUUCGCCUGUCUCUUCUGCAACCACGAGAACUCGGUCAUCGUCAAACUCGACAAGAAGCUGGGCUUGGGUGACCUCUCCUGUAAGGUCUGCGGCCAGAAGUUCCAGACCGGCAUCAACUAUCUGUCUGCCGCCGUCGACGUGUACUCGGACUGGGUGGACGCAUGUGAUGCUGUGGCCAAGGAUACUGCCAACCAGUAUGAUGGGCACGUGGGAUCGAUAGGUAAUAGCAAGUCGGAUGCCAUGGCCAGCGCUGGGCAUGGAGAUACUUACGAGAACGACGACGACUAUUGA